AUGGGUGGCUGCAAGAAUUUUGCGUCGUUAGUGAGCUCCAGAGACGAAAAAGCAAACCUGUGCCCAAGUAGAAAGUCGAGCGUGCGAGUUGUCGAACAGCACCUGCUUCAUGAAAUGUCGGAUUCGUCGCAACAUCUUCGUCUUGCACUUACAGUCACUCAUCUACUUUUGGUUGCCCUUGGAUCUCUCAAUUUACUCGUCAUUUUUCUUAUACUUUCCAGACAAUAUUUACGUUCGAUAACGAAUGUUUAUAUGGUUGGAUUGUGCCUAGCCGAUUUCAUCUACCUCACCGAUUUAUCACUUGUUGCUGCGACAUCAUUAAAUCUUAAAAGUUGGCCAUUCGGCUCAGCUUUAUGUCAUUUUUAUCAUGGCACAGAGACGACAGGAAAAUAUGCUUCGGUCCUGUUUGUCGUACUACUUGCUGCCGAUCGAUAUUUAGCUAUGUGUAAAACGGAUGCAUGUGCACGAUUCAGAAAUUAUCGUGUAGCGAUGAUUCUCAGCACGUUAGCAUGGGUUAUCGCAAUUGUAUGCAGCCUUCCGUUGUAUUUAUAUGCAAAAGAAGCCACAUUUGGUGUACGGCCAAAAAAUGCGACCGAUGGCGAAUAUCUGAACAAAACGUUCUGCUUGGUUCAUUGGCCAAGUACACCGGCAGCUCAGUGGUACAUCACCACAUGUUCAAUACUAAUAUUCAUACUGCCAGUACUAGUCAUAUUUUACUGUUACUACCAGGUUUUCUGUAAACUACGGGAAGCAGCAAAGGGUUCAAGACGUCUACAACGUUCCACAACAACACGGGCUCCUUAUCAACGUGUAACAAGAAGCGUUCAGCGGGUGGUACUUUUCCAUCUACUUUGUUGGACCCCAUUCUGGCUGUUCAAUCUGUUUUCUUCAAUUUUUCGAGUUCGUAUCACCUCACAACUUGAACGAAUAGUAGUGAAUAUUAUUCAUUUAUUCCCAUAUGUGAACUGUGCCCUCAAUCCACUUCUAUAUGCAUACAGAGCAGAGAAUUUCCGGAUCGCCUUCAAAUCCUUGUUCUUCUGGUCGGCCAGGGCAACACACGAACUCGACGGAUCGCGUCCGAAUGUAUCGCGAAGUACUUACUGUAGCAGCAAUAACCAUCCAAUAUCGGAUGAACGUAGCAAAACAGGGCUGCUUGAAAAGCGACCACCAUCUACAUGCAAGGAUGAAGCGAACGGUGGCAAGGAACGGAUUAGAUCAUCCAUGGAUGAGACGUGGCGCUCACAAUCAGUUCUGGACAGGCCAUUGAAACGAUCCGUGAAAUUGGCGAAGAAUGAAAAGGCACAAGGAGCAAGUCUUCACGUACGAUUCUAUUCUCAAAAGCCGACAGCUCAAAGUAUCAUUUUACAAUCACCUAAAGAAGAUCGUAAAGAUAAUAUAACAUUACUGUAA